AUAAAGAUGCUGGACUUUAGCCGACUGCUAACUGCUAACUCGUCCAGAGGAGGGUGGUGAUGUUUUGGUGUGUUUGUCUGAUUAAAUUCAGCCUCCUGGCGGUUAGACGGCGCCACUGAGCGUCCGUGUAGCCGAAGCUAACUGCGGCUAACUUAAAGGAAACUGUCGCUGUCAGUUGUAUUCUCUGCUCGGAUUCACCUGCAGAGGAGCUGCUGAGCUUCGACCAGGUGAACUUUGACACAGUGAAGCGGUGACCUGACUGCACAAUAAUUAUCUCUGCAAAUCAUUUCAACUGUAAAGCUACGAGAUGAGCUCCAGGAAAGUGGUCGAGCUGUUUUACGACGUGGUUUCUCCGUAUUCAUGGCUGGGCUUCGAGGUGAUGUGUCGCUACAGGAAUCUGUGGAACAUCGAUCUGAAGCUCCGUCCUGCGUUUCUCGGCGGCGUCAUGCAGGGAUCAGGAAACAAGCCUCCCGGUUUCGUUUUCAACAAAAUGCACUACAUGAUACACGACCUGCGGCGUCUGGCGGAAUACUUUGACGUCCCGCUGCAGCAGCCGUCCGACCCGGAAGAGGUCAUGUUUAAUAAAGGCUCGUUGGCUGCGAUGCGAUUCGUCGCCGCCGUUCAGCAGAAAGGUGGAGACAAAAAGACGGAGAAAGUUUCCCGUGAGCUGUGGAGACGAAUCUGGAGCGAAGACAAAGACAUCACUGAGCCGGCGUCUCUGUCUGAGGCGGCGGUGAAAGCAGGACUGACUGACGGAGAGAUUAAAGAAGUGCUGGAGAUGUGCACAUCCAAGGAGAUCAAGGAGAAGCUCAAGUCCUGCACAGAGGAAGCUCUGAAGCUGGGGGCGUUCGGUUUCCCCAUGAUGGUUUGUCACGUUGAUGGGAAGCCGGAGAUGUUCUUCGGAUCGGACCGGUUCGAGCUCAUGGCCCACUGCAUCGGAGAGAAGUGGCUCGGGCCGAACCCCGACAAAGCUAAACUGUGAGAUGAAGCGUCUUCAUGCGUCCAUCUGCUCACGGAUUCUCGCCUUUGAUUCUCUAGAACAAAAAAAAAAAACCAUCAGAUCUUCUCUGCCGUGCCUUCAGAAACAGAACGUUUCCUGUAGAAGUUAAUAAUAGUUCAGCAAAAAUAAAUGUAGUUUAAGAUGAAAUCUGAACCGCUGAUUAACUUUUGCUGCAACUAAAACUCCAACUAAUGAUUGUUUUCUAUAAAAAUUGGUUAUUGGGUUGUUCGGUAAAAUAUCAGAAUGUUGGAAAAUGUUUGCUUUCAGCCAGAAAAUAUUCACAUUUAAGAAGCUGUAAUUGUUAAAAACUUCAUUAAAAGUAUUUGGUUGUCUAA